AAAUGGAUCCAGAUCGCCUGGAUGACUCCUGAUCGAGCUUCAGGACGGAUCGACGUUUAUGACGUUUAUGACGAGGGCCCUUUUGCGACUGAACCGACUCUAGCGGCUAAUGCCACUGUGCCACAAAUUAAAGAUAUCAUUGGCGAUACGGGUUCCAGUCAUGCAUUACAGUGGUUGAAAGACAAGCUAGGAUUGUGUGACUCAACGCAUAAACAUUGUGAACACAGAGGAGAAACAUCCUUGCCAAGGAGGAUACUUGAUGUUGGCGGAACGAACGACAGCAGCGCUGCGAAGGACCAGGAUAUUCGACUGAUUGAAACAAAGCAUGACAUUAAUGACUAUAUCUGCUUGAGUCACUGCUGGGGAAGCGGCGAGAUGUUUAGGACCACGAAAGAGAAUAUCAGCGAACGAAUGCACAACAUCCAUUUUAACGAUCUGCCAGCUACCUUUAAGGAUGCAGUUAGAAUAACUCGGGACCUUGGCAAACGAUAUCUCUGGAUUGACAGCCUUUGCAUAAUACAAAAUGACCCCAGGGACUGGCGUGAGGAGGGUUUACGCAUGCAUGAGGUUUACGGUAAUUCCUAUCUAACGAUCGCAGCAUCGAAGACCAAGGGCCCGGACGACGGUUUGUUUUCCGUGUCGUCUCAGUAUAAGCUCCAGCAGUUCUUUUUCGUGACAGACAGACAGCAAUUUGUCAUGCGUGUACGACAAAAAAUCUCUCAUUUCAACUCCAUUGACUCUUUUCCUCUGCUGAAGCGAGGAUGGGUCUUCCAAGAGCGAAUCUUGUCCCGAAGAAUGGUGCACUUUGGCCCCCAGGAGCUAGUAUGGGAGUGUAUGGAGAUGGAAGAAUGUGAGUGUGGUAAUGUUGAUGAAGGCAUCAGCUGGAAUUUACACACUCCGCGCAAGUCGCAUUUGCUGAUUGGGGGUAACGUUUUCUUGUGGAAUCGGAUAGCGGCAGCCUACUCGAGUCUGAGUCUCACGAAAGAGAACGAUGUUUUACCUGCACUCUCGGGUAUUGCGAAGAAACACAAACCAGAACCUGAGGCAAAGUACCUGGCAGGGUUUUGGGAUGGGAAAUUCUUGGUCAUCCAUCUCAUGUGGUACGUACAGCCGACAAGAGGGCUAUUCCCAGGUGACUAUAAGAAUAUCAUACAAACCCGACCUUCACCGUGGCGUGCACCAUCAUGGUCGUGGGCCUCUGUCAAGAGUGCUGUCAUCUACAACGAGUUCAGCAAAUUUUAUCGGGCAGUUGAGAUCGACGAAACCAGGAUCAUUCCUACUAGCAGAGACGCCACUGGGGAAGUUAUAUAUGGGGAAUUAAAACUACGGGGCUCUACUACCCUUGUUACUUGCCACAUGCCCGAAUAUCAGAGCGGUACAAAUCACCAACAACAACUCCACAUCCGCUGCAUGGAUCUGAACGUCAGAAACCUGGCUCUGUUUCCUGACUAUGACUGGUCUUUAGACCAGAACUGGUGGAUUCAUGAAGGCCAAUCUUUACUUUGUCUGUAUCUAGCAACGACGCGAUCCAACACAAACAACCCUGACGGUGUAUGGAAUCCUGAUGAACAAAUCUUUGAUCCGGAUGACGAUGUCUGGAUGAUGCUACUGGCAAAAUUCACACGGGAAGAACCGGUUUGUCAGCGAGUGGGUAUGGCGAGGCUCAAAUGGAAAGACUAUAAGCAACAGGAAGAGUUUAGGGGCAGUUUCAAAGAGCUUGGAGCCUUCCCGAUUUGUUGAACAGCGAUAGGAGGUGGAAUUUUUGUCUUCCAGGCUCUUGAUGUCUAGCCCAAAGUACAUCAAAACAUAAACAGGGCUGUGUCUAAUACUACAAGGUAUUGGGAGCUUUGAGUUACUACAUGAGACAACAAGUAUGCAAUGACGUACCCAUAUUUGAUCUACACGUGUUUAAAGAAAGAAUUAAUUGUUACGGACAUAGUAACAAUUACCUAAGCCAACUUCUAAGUGUUCAGUUCAUAUAGUCGUCUAUCACCGGUACUAGUAGCUUUGUUUACUUAGAUUGUAUUCUUUUGGAGUCGCGGCGGAU